AAUCCGGACCCAUUGUUUUUCACUUCAAGCUUAAUGCCUCGUUUCAAUUGGUCACAACUGGUCCGAAGAGGGACGUGCGCAAGGGUAUUUGAAAAGCGAAACACAUGCUCAUAAAAUGUUAUUAUUCAUGUUUUGUCCGAAUGUUUCUGCGCUAUAUGUGUUGUAAUAAGAUGGUUCUUGAUGUUCCAGAUAUGGAGUCAUUAGAGUCAUUAGCCAAGUCGCUGAAUUUGAAUGGUUGGAGUCGGCGCUCUUCGGGGCGCCUCAUUAUGCAGGCGCAUUAAAAGAAAGCAGUGGGGGGUAAAUGGGUGGUUAAGGGCUCGAACAAAAAGAGGGGCAGGGUCUGUGAGGAGGGUCAGGAUUCAAAUUCUAAGUGGUAAGAUGUCCCCAUUGUCAGUGGGAUAUAUAGCAGGCACACAGAGAGAGAGAGAGAGAGCGCGUUGGCACAACAGAGAAGCUGCCUGUUAUCAGUGAACAUCCAAAGGCCAGGAUUUCGAGAUAUAUCACCAUGUCCUCCUCGCACUGCAUUUGGAUUGCUCUAUUUCUUUUCUCGGCGACGACAAGGGACAUUGGAGUAUUUGGUCGCGCAGUAGACAAACUGGGAUUUCUGUCACAGUCCCAGAAAACUGCAGAUGAGUCCUCCGGAACAACUUUACGCACGGACGCGUUGAGGCGCUGGAGGCGCGGGGUCGCGGAGACCCACCUGGAGCGGUGUGCAGAGCUGGUGGCGCCGUGGCUGGAAAACACACACGCUCCGGAGGAUAAUGCAACGCGGUUGCAGCUCCGCGUCCGGCCCUUUUCCCCGGGAGCAUCCCGGCACCCGGUUUUCCCAGGAAAAUCCCUCUUUAGCUUUGUCCGACGGGUUUACCACUGCUGUCAAGAAGGAGUAAACUGCAGAAGCGUAAAGGGAAUUCAAGGUCGAUUGAGAGGAGGCACAGCUGUGGAGUUUCUGCUCACCAGGGAGAUUUUGUCUUUGACGAUUAUGAGAGCCGAGCUCCACCUCCAACUUUCCAACCCACAACAUCUGGAUAUCUAUCCUGUGCUUUCAUCUAUGGCAAAGCAAGACUUACCUACAAGGUACAGUUUGUGGUCACAGGGCAACACGGUGGAGCUGAGAGUAGAUCUGCUAUUCCUUUUCCACAGUCUGAAACAGGCGACGGGUGGUGCAGGAGGUGGUCCCAGCUUGGAGAACAUAAGGCGGCUGGUGUUUUCUUCUAGGAAGUAUCCACCAGGUGAAAGGCCUGCUUCUGGGGCUCUGCAGGACACAGAAGCUGAUGUUUGGGGGGAUGGGGUGGCCAACACGCUGCCUGCUCUGGACCUGGGCCUGGUCCUGGGCUGCAGCAAGGCUGCAUCGGGGGUAUCCUGCGAAACGGGCGGUGUUCACCUCUCACAUACACCCUUCAUGGCUCUGUACUACAGAUGAAGUCAAACUGGGACUGGACUGUGUUCGGCAUGGACACAUUUCAUUUGGUGAAUCUGUUUUCUUACUGAAGACAUAUAGCCUCAAAGCUAAAAGGAAAUGAUGCACUUCAAUGUCA